AUGCAGUUGAGCUUGUUUGACCCUAAAGGUCAUCUCGUUUCAGCAACAAUGCUGUUCAAUAUAUAUGAGAAGGUGGCUGUGCCACAUUCCAGCAAGCUAGUGCUUCAGAUGAAGAAGGACAAGAGUACAAAGUGCUGCAACAUCAAGCUCGAUGACUUGACUUUGCAUAGCACAUUCAUCGCAGCAUUUCUGACUAUCCACGACAUUACUAACCAAUAUGUUGUGAAUGUUCAGCAAAGGCCUGCCUUCAAAAUCGGCAGCAAGGCCACAGCUCCGACAAUUGAAACUGAUGAUGAAUUCAAGAUGACACUUACUGCCCUUCUCAAGCAUAAGAACUGCAGUGUCAGUGUUAAGUUUAAUGUUACAAUGAUGGACCAGUUUAGGCAUCACAAACAUGUCAUUGAUCUUGACAGUGAAGCUGCAGAUAAUGAGCUGAUGCAUGGCAUGAAGGUUCCUUGUCUUGAUCAAUUCAGUGAUGAGAUGCAGCUCCAUGGAGACAUCAUUCUUGAGCUCAAGCAGAAGUGGGCCCGUCAGGAACACCGAGGUGAACACGGUAAUCCAGGCCACUGCUACGUUGAUCCGACCAGUCAGCAUCUUAGAUUGAACAAUCUCAAGCUCAAGACUUGGGCCCGCGCAAUUGCUGUGCACAGCUGUGGAAACAGUGAUCUGCCAAAUGAACUGGGCUUCAAUAUUCAAUAUGACAGCCACCUUACUGCAGCCAAAGCACGUGAUCAUAUGGGUCCGCAACCACUCAGUGCAGGUCCCCUCCUCCCUACCGCAUCACAGGAUCUGAGUGCCAUGCUCAUGAUGGCAGUGAUGCCUUUACUUGUCAGUCUCAUUGAAUGCCAGGCCCCUGCAGCAUCAUCAGCAUCCUCUGUUCCAUGCUAUUCUCAUCCUUCUAUACUUUCCAACACACCUCUUCCGAACUUCAGCAAAGAGCUCAGGUGCUGCCUCCGUGACUUUCAAACAGUGACUGGGAUCAACAUACUUCACCUGGAGGAGUCUCUGAAAGUGAAGGCUAUUACUCCAGUCAUGAUCCGAGAUAUGCCUGUCCCGCAUCUCUGUGAGCUCUCAGGGGCACUUAAGGGCCACAUGUGGCAGUUCCAAAGGUUUUUGCAAGAAGUGGUGUGA